UUUUAAGAUUUUGGGUUUUGAAUUUAUUGUUUGAUAUAAUUGUGGCAAUUUAUUUAAACGAUAUACCAGAUUAACUGAUUUAGGAAUAUAUCUGAUUUAAUCAUAAUGGGCAAAAUAUUUUUGGAACAUAUGGGUGGAAACCGAUUGUUCUCAUGUGCAAGAUGUGACACAAAUUUAACAAACCGAGAUGAAUUAAUAAGUACAAGAUUCACAGGAGCCACUGGCAGAGCAUUUCUGUUUAACCGAGUGGUCAACUUGACCUAUAGUGAGGUCCAAGAUAGAGUUAUGUUAACUGGGAGACAUAUGGUAAGGGAUGUUUCUUGUAAGUCCUGUGAUUCAAAAUUGGGUUGGAUGUAUGAAUUUGCCACCGAAGAAAAUCAGAAGUACAAGGAGGGUCGAGUUAUUUUGGAAAGGGCUUUAGUAACAGAGUCUGAUGGUAUGGAUGAUAGAAUGUAUGAAAGAAGGCAACAUUAGAUUUGCUUUAUUUACUUAAACCAGAACUGAUUUACACAGUUUUCAUGUUGGUUUUAUUAGAUUACAAAUAAAAACUAAAUUAACCACUUGAAAAUAUUAUAUUCAACUACUGUUUUGUGAUAAACAUUAUUUCUGAAUAUGAGGUUAAUUAAACCAUAUAUUAUAUGGCAUAUAAUAAGGUAAUUAGUUAUUAAAUAACACUAAUUACCUACUGAAGUAACUGCCUACAUUUUAUGUACAAGGUGUUUAUGAUUUACAUUUAGAAUUUAACGUUUUCUUGAGACUAAUACUUUUUAUAAAACCCUAUAGGCCCGUUUAUAGAAGGCUAUAUUACAAAUUGAAAUGUUGCUGUAUGUUACUAGGAAAGAGCAAUGAACAGACCUCUUUUUUGUAACUAGGAAUAGCAAUUAUUCAAUAGUCGUUUAAAUGUUAAAAUAAGUAUUUAUACCUAGAGCUUGAUAAAAAUAUAGAUUAUUUUAUGGUGGCCCCUGAAUAAUUCACAAGAUCGCUUAUAACUCAGAAACUAUGGAUCCUAGUGAUAAAUAAAUUGUAUACAAAAUUAAAGCUGACGAACUUUGCUACAAGAUUAAUUCCAUUAAUUGUGGGGACUUCCUAACUAGUCCAAAAGUACAACAUUUUGUUGACUGAACUAGGGAUAUUUUAAAAAAAGUUUGUUUUAAUGUGACAUAUUUUUGUACAUACAUACAGUUUUGUCAGGUACAUGCGCAAUAGCAAAAUCACGACCAUAUUUUGAGUAUUGUGCAUGUCUUAUAAAAUUUAUUUGUUUUAGAGGUUACUUUUUGUUUUCAAAUAAUUUGUGAUAACUAAACAGUUAUGCGAUUUUUAUAAUAACUAUAAACCGUAAUAUGGAUUAUCCUUUAAACCAAAAUAAAACCCAAAAAUACCUUUUGAAAAUUUAAACAUUGCAUCUAUUUUUUACAAAAUUGUAAUUUCAAACCAGGUGUUGGUA